AUGCACCAGAAAGGUGCCGCACCGCCCGCACCACCGAAGCCUUCGGCUGCCCCCACGGGUGCAUGUCCUUACGUCCCGCCGGAGAAGAAGGACGACAGCGCUCCAGCGCAUCCUAAGUCCGGGCUGCUCGAGAAGCUCAACCCGCUCAACUUCAUGCCAUCGAAUCUGUCGCAAGAGCGCGCAGCUCACCAGACUGUCGACCUCCCGACCGACCGCGAAGCUUCGUCGAUUCCCCGCGGCGACGGAGGAGGCAACUGGGAGUACCCCAGCCCGCAGCAGAUGUACAAUGCAAUGCUGCGCAAAGGAUAUACGGACACGCCGCAGGAUGCGGUCGAGAGUAUGGUUGCGGUGCACAACUUCCUGAACGAGGGGGCGUGGGCCGAGAUCCUGGAGUGGGAACGUCGCUUCUCCAAGGGCAUUCUGCAUGGGUGGAAGGCGAGCGCGCAGGGCGAGGAGGGCAGCUUGGCGGGAGAGCUACUUGAGAGCUGGCCCGACAAGGAGGUGCAGCCGCCGCAGUUGACAAGGUUCAUGGGCAGGCCCGGGGAACUGACUCCCAAGGCGCGAAUGAUGCAGUUCUUGGGUCAGGUCUGGCCGAGUCAAUUCAACGCGGAGCCACCAUUCGAUAGGCACGAUUGGUUUGUGCAGAGGAACCUGCCUAAUGGCGAGACUGUGGAGAGGAGGUACGUGAUUGACUACUAUGAGGGAGAGCCAGAGCACGGCAUGCCUGUCUUCUUCCUCGAUGUCAGGCCGGCAAUCGACACUCCCAGUCAAGCGGCGGAGAGAGCGGUGCGCUGGGGCCGUGACGUCUGGUGGAGGGCUGUAGGCGGCAAUAUCAGGGAGCAGCUCCAGGCUCAGCAGGCUGCUGAGGCCGCCAGGAGGUGA